AUGGCCGACUACACCACCCCUACCAUCGCGGCCUCCGCCCCCCGCCGUCCUCGGCGACCGUCGGAUCGAGAUCUGCACGACGGCACCUCCGCCUCUCCCACCACCUUCGCGCCUCCGCAAGACGGCGUCCAGUGGGCUGAGGCCGCCUCCUCGACCGCCCUCCGCCGGUACCGUGCCCUCCCCAAGAAGGGCAAGCCACAGGGGCGUGAGUCCACCGUCCUCGCCGCCUUCCUGCUCUCCUCCCCGGAGAACCCACUCAACCCCACCGUCCUCUCCCUCGCCACCGGCACCAAAUGCCUCGGCGCAGCACGCCUCAGACCUCGCGGUGACCUCGUCCAUGACGCCCAUGCCGAGGUCAUCGCCCGCCGCACGCUCCUCCGCCUCAUCUAUGCCGAGAUCGGUAUGGACAACCCACCAAGUUGGUUGGUCGCCUCUGGCACUGAUGGGCGGUGGAGGCUUAAGGACGAGCAUCAGCUGCAUCUCUACAUCACCCAGAUCCCCUGUGGGGUCAUGCCGGUGCCGCCGUCACCCUUGGAGGUUCGAAGGGAACAACUGGAUACCAUGGUCAAUGGAUGCAAUGUUAAUCUAGGUAUAAGCCCGCACCAGAGCCAGCCCUCACCUCUCUCGAUGCCAUGCUCCCUCACGACCUGCUGCAGUGGAACUAUUAGGGCUGUACUACCCGCCCGCCAGGAGAUUAUUCCCACGCUGUCUGAGGUAUUCACACCCACGGGGAUUAUCAGCGGCUACCCAUCUGAUCCUAAUAGCUACUACUUCAGAGAGAACAGUGCAUGUGAUCCUACUUCUCCCGGCUUGAGCAGAGUCUGCAGAGAAGAUAUGGGGCAGAGGAUGGAGAAGAAUGAGAUUGCAGAGAGGAUUGGCUAG